GCUGCGGCUGGCGGCUGAGACCGCGCCGGCUCUGGCUGGAGUGGCGGCGGCAGCGGCGGCGGCGACGGCGACGGCGACGGCGGUGGUGGCGGCUGUUCUUCCGAAGGCGCCGCGCGCUCCAGGACACACGUGGGCGGCCGAGAGAUGGCGUGGGACCCGCGACGUGGCGCGCAGAUCCCGGGACCCGGGAUGGAGCGGCGCGUGUGAGCCGGGGCGGCCGCGCCGCGGGGCGAUGGCCGUGCCACCGCUGCUCCGCGGGGCGCUGCUGCUGUGGCAGCUGCUGGCGACGGGCGGCGCGGCGCUGGAGAUCGGCCGCUUCGAUCCGGAGCGCGGCCGUGGCCCCGCACCGUGCCAAGCGAUGGAGAUCCCCAUGUGCCGGGGCAUCGGCUACAACCUGACCCGCAUGCCCAACCUACUGGGCCACACGUCGCAGGGCGAGGCGGCCGCGCAGCUGGCCGAGUUCUCGCCUCUCGUGCAGUACGGCUGCCACAGCCACCUGCGCUUCUUCCUCUGCUCGCUCUACGCCCCAAUGUGCACCGACCAGGUUUCCACUCCCAUCCCCGCCUGCCGGCCCAUGUGCGAGCAGGCUCGCCUGCGCUGCGCCCCCAUCAUGGAGCAAUUCAAUUUCGGCUGGCCGGACUCCCUCGACUGUGCCCGGCUCCCCACGCGCAACGACCCGCACGCGCUCUGCAUGGAGGCACCCGAGAACGCUACCGCAGGCCCCACAGAACCCCACAAGGGCCUGGGCAUGCUUCCUGUGGCACCUCGGCCCGCGAGGCCACCGGGAGAUUCAGCCCCAGGUCCGGGCAGUGGUGGCACCUGCGACAACCCGGAGAAGUUCCAGUACGUGGAGAAGAGUCGCUCGUGCGCUCCGCGCUGCGGGCCGGGCGUCGAGGUGUUCUGGUCUCGGCGGGAUAAGGACUUCGCGCUGGUCUGGAUGGCUGUGUGGUCCGCGUUGUGUUUCUUCUCCACGGCCUUCACCGUGUUCACCUUCCUGCUGGAGCCUCACCGAUUCCAGUACCCAGAGCGCCCUAUAAUCUUCCUUUCCAUGUGCUACAAUGUCUACUCCUUGGCCUUCCUGAUCAGAGCGGUGGCAGGUGCACAGAGUGUGGCCUGCGACCAGGAGGCAGGGGCUCUGUAUGUGAUCCAGGAGGGUCUGGAAAACACAGGCUGCACCCUGGUCUUCCUAUUGCUCUAUUAUUUCGGGAUGGCCAGCUCACUUUGGUGGGUGGUUUUGACUCUCACCUGGUUCUUGGCUGCAGGCAAAAAGUGGGGCCACGAAGCCAUCGAGGCUCACGGUAGUUACUUCCACAUGGCAGCGUGGGGCUUGCCAGCACUCAAGACUAUCGUGGUCCUGACUCUACGUAAGGUGGCUGGGGAUGAGCUGACUGGGCUCUGCUAUGUAGCUAGCAUGGACCCGGCAGCUCUCACUGGCUUUGUGUUGGUGCCCCUCUCUUGCUACUUGGUACUGGGCACCAGUUUCCUCCUGACCGGUUUUGUGGCUCUCUUCCAUAUCCGCAAAAUUAUGAAGACGGGCGGCACCAAUACAGAGAAGCUGGAGAAGCUGAUGGUGAAAAUCGGAGUCUUUUCCAUCCUUUACACAGUGCCGGCUACCUGCGUCAUUGUCUGCUAUGUUUACGAACGCCUCAACAUGGACUUCUGGCGUCUUCGGGCCACAGAGCAACCAUGCACUGCCGCUGCCGUGCCUGGAGGCCGAAGAGACUGCUCGCUGCCAGGCGGCUCGGUGCCCACUGUGGCCGUCUUCAUGCUCAAAAUCUUCAUGUCCUUGGUGGUGGGCAUCACCAGUGGAGUCUGGGUAUGGAGUUCCAAGACUUUCCAGACUUGGCAGAGUCUAUGCUACCGAAAAAUGGCAGCUGGUCGAGCCCGGGCCAAGGCCUGCCGAACCCCAGGGGGCUAUGGCCGGGGUACCCACUGUCACUACAAAGCCCCCACGGUGGUCUUGCACAUGACUAAGACAGACCCCUCUCUGGAGAACCCCACACACCUCUAGAACAUGGGCUGGGCUGAGUUAUGGUUGCUCCCUCCUUGCCCUCCCCUCCCCCCUCCAGAGACAGCUGACUAACAGCUGCCCAGCUGUCAAGGUCAGCAAGUGAGACACAGGGGGCUGAGGACUAGGGUGGGGACCCAGUAAAGCUCAGGGCCUUGUCUUUCCUUCUCAGGCAGGGAGUGGGCCUAGUUAAGUCCACAGAGGGUCCUAGGAUCAGAAGGGGCAGAGGGGGGGGGGCAGGGUCCAGAGCGGAGUUUAUUUAAUGAUGUAAUUUAUUGUGGCAUUUCUCUGGAAGCUGUGACUGGAAUAAACCCUCGUGUGGCACUGCUGUGUCUGUCUGGGUUGGAAAGAGGGAAGACAAGACAGGAGGGUGAGAAACUUCUUAAGCAGAGCUGGGGGGCGAGAGCUAUGAAGUUCAUUCUCCAUGUAAAGGAGGAAGUUCCUCUGUGGGGCAUGGGUGGAUUAUAGGCGUCCUAGACUGUGCGUGCGUGUAUGCGUGAUUCUCUUCUCACCUGUCUCAAGACUGAGAUCCGUGCUUCUGAAGUGAAUCAAGAGCCUCCUCGUGAAUACCCAGGAACCCCUGGCUGGGACAUGGCUACCUGUAGUCCUGUCAUCUAGCUUGUUUGGGGAAACAGGUAAGCUCCCCCACCCCCACACACCCACACUUCGCUUUAGCAAAAUAAGGUCAGGUUUGGCAAGAGAGCUCAGUGGUUAAAGGUGCUUACAGCUAAAGCUGAGGGCUUGAGUUCAGUCCGAGAACUCACAUAUUGUCAUUUUGACCUCCGCCUGUGCUCUGUGGCACGAUUCCUGCUCUCCAAGUAAACCUAUGUAAUAAGAAGCUUUUUAUAAAGGAAGCAAGGGAAUUAGACUGUUUCCAAGUCUGGAAGAUGGUUCGCGUCACUAUCUAUGAAGAUUGCAGAGAGCUGGGACCCAAGCACAGUUGGCAGUCUUUGCCUAGCAUGCACGAAGCCCUGGGUUCUGUCUCCAGCAGGGCUUAAAAGCGGCAUGGUGGAGCAUGUUUGUAAUUCAAAUACUUGGGAGAUAGAAGCAGAAAGAUCAGGACUCCCCUGGCUACCUGAGACUCUUUGGACAAAAAAAUAAGAAAAAAGGAGUGGGCAGGUCAGAUGGCUCAGCAGGGAAAGUUGCUAACCAUCCAAUCUAAUUUGCAUUCAAUUCCCUAAACUGAUGUAAAAAUAUUUUUAAAAGAAUUGCUCAGCAAGUUAGAAGCCUUGUCUUGAAAAAAACAAAAACAUAACAUUAACAACAAAACCCUUCACUAACAACAAAACCAAACAGAAUAUUCAGUAGUUAGAGCCCCAGGCUAUAUCUUCCUGGUUUUGGAUGGAGGGAAAAGACAGCAGGACCAUGCAUGUCUCUUGGUAGCAGUCUGGGAGGUUGGGAGCUGUUGAGUUUGACUGUCCCUCCUUGCCCACCCCAAACUCCAGAACUUGGGUUGCUGACAUAGCUGUGGGAUAAGGCAGGACCAUGGGGAUGUGCACAGCUGUGCUGGGACGGUUGGGACACAUGCAUGGGAGGUUGGGAAAGCACCAUGAAUACCUGUGUGCUAGGGAGGCUCAGGCUACUGGGACCUGUCCCAUCCCUGUCCCCUGUGAGGUAUAUGUGGUCAUCCUGGAGGUCUGUGUCGACCAAUAUUGGCCUCUAUCUAAGCCGUUGAUGCCAAUCAGGCGGAAGUAGCCUCUGUGAAUGUGUGCGCAUGCGUAUGCACAUAUAUGCAUACACGGGCCAGAGAGAACGGCAGGCCUUUAUCAGCUCACUAGUACACCCAGCUUUCUCUGUGGGUGCAGGGGGUUUUCUCUCAGGUUCUAACGUCCCCACAGCACGUGUUCUUGCCCACUGCUCCCAUCUUACCAGCCGCUGGCAAAGAUCGUGAUCAAGUGGGCCUGGAUGGAUUCUACACAUAUCCGGCACUUUCCAGUGCAGCGCCUCAAAGCUUUUGUGUGUAUUUUCUGUAUUUUGAGACAGGGUCUCUCUCUAUAAGCCCUGGCUGUCCUGGACACAAUAUGACCACCAGCCUCAGACUAAGAGAGCUGCCUGUCUCUACCACCCGAGGGCUGCGAUUAAAGGCACUCAGGAUUGGCUAAGAAA